AUGGCUUCAGGUCCGGCAUUGUUCACAGCCUCAAGGGGGCAGACCCUCACAUACCUGCUCGCGGUUUGCCCCUUCUCUAUCGCAUUCUUAGUAUUCAUCAAUUCCUCUGUUUCCUUCGUGGUAACGGAUCUGAUCGGACUCCAUAGUGGAGAAGGCGAUGCAGUAGGAACUUUGGGAUUCGCCGAUGAGUUGCUUGCAUUGGCUGCUUGUCCUCUUUGGGGAGUACUCUCGGAUCGGAUUGGCGUACGUCAUGUUUGCACUAUUGGCUACGCCAUCAUUGCCUUGGCAUUGGUUCUCUUCGUACAGGCCACGAACGUUUAUCCACAGCUUCUUCUCGGUCGGCUGCUUUUCAGCCUCGGUGGCUCGGCCGUAUCAACCAUGGUCACUGCAGUCUUGCCCACCGUCACUGGCAAGGCCUUCCGCAACGAGGCUUACCGUGCUUCGGUCUCGUCAGACUUAACCAUCACACCUGAUCGGCUGCGUGGUCUUCAAAAUAGCAACUCUGAACCAAAUGCCCGGGCUUCGCCCUCGGCUCGACUAUCAGGCUUUGUUGGGCUCUUCGCGGGCUGUGGAGCUCUUGUCUCCCUUGGAGUCUUCCUUCCUCUCCCAGCGCGAUUUGAAAAGGUUGGGUUGUCCCCAACCGAAGCUAUUCAGCGCAGCUAUUACCUUGUAGCUGUCGUAGCUCUGAUCAUCAGCGUGGUCAGUUUUAUUGGCCUUCGUCAACUUCCCGGAGAAGAAAGCAAAGGAUGGUCCGCCCUACGCAACUGCCAUUCACGGCGCGAUGGUCAACCCGCCGCCCUUCCGUACUGGAAGCAAUUGACCACCGCGAUGCUUCUGGGGUUCCGAAAUCGUAGCAUUGGACUAGGCUACGUGGGUGGUUUUGUCGCUCGGGCAUCCUCCGUGGGCAUCUCUCUGUUUAUUCCUCUGGCGGUGAACCACUAUUUCCGUGUGUCGGGUCUCUGCAACGAGCACGAUCCCGUACACGGGUCCGGGUUGGGAGAGAUCAAACGCGCGUGCCCUCGCGCAUAUAUCCUUGCAUCGAUCCUGACGGGUGUCUCUCAGCUGGUCGCGCUAUGUGCGGCACCUGCCUUUGGAUUCUUGACCGACAAAUCGCGACGAUACAAUGUCCCACUCUUGGUGGCGGCCUUCCUCGGUUUUAUUGGGUACAUUUGGUUUGCGCAGAUGCCAAGCCCGCAAUUCCAGGGCCCCGAUGGCAAUCCGGUGAUCUUCCUCGUAAUGGCACUUAUCGGCCUGAGUCAGAUUGGAGCUAUUGUGUGUAGUCUUGCGGUGCUCAGCAAUGGGAUUCUGCGUGUCAGUUUGGACGAGGACACGAUGCGCAAAAUCUAUGACGAUCAGACCGAGACGGAGGCCGAUGACGAUCAGUUUGAAUCGGGCGAGGGCCGACCCCUUCUCGCGGGGUCAAUCAAUCAGCGUCUGGAGCAUCUAUCGCACCUCAAAGGCUCCAUCGCGGGAGUGUAUUCGCUGUAUGGUGGGGCCGGAAUCCUGCUCCUCACCAAAUUGGGAGGGAAAUUAUUCGACCAGAUAUCACCAGGCGCCCCAUUCUACAUCAUGGCAGCGUUCAAUGGGGUCUUGCUGAUGAUUGGAAUCCUCGCUGGGAUCCUCAAUCAAGUUGCACCGGUCAUGGAGGUGUCGGUAUAG